CGAGCUGCGCGGUCAAAUUCCGCAACCCCACAAAACCUCUUGUUCCCUGCUACUGUUACUUACUGUUCCUCCCCUCACUUCUCGUUGAUGAAUUCCAUAACGUGCCGUGGACACCGCCUCCUCCUCCCUCCCUCCUCCUUCGUCACCCUCCUCGUAGUUUUGGCUUUGCCUACUUUGGCUGCACAAACCCAAACCCAUCACACACUUGUGUGUGUGUGUGUGUUUGGUUGCCACUGCCGGGAGAGCAAGUGCGGCGAGUGAGGGUAUGAAUUGAUUGAGGAGGAGGUGAGUUGUGGUGGGACAUUGGUGGUGCAACAGAAGUGCGUGUGAGAAACAGCUCCUACACCUUCCCAACAAACAUCUUCUUCAAAUCACGACCACGUGGGUGGCAAGUCUAGUUUUCAACUUUGAGAGUAUCAACAUAUUACGUUUGAAACCGUUCAGUGAGAGAGUUGAAGUUCUCAUGCAUAGAGAAGACCAACUGAUGGAGCAUGCAGGUUAUUAAUGUGGAUUUAAUACCAUGGGGAAUAAGAUUACUCGCAGACGUCAUGUGAUUGACGAGCGUUAUACUCGUCCCCAGGGUUUGUACCCUCAUCGUGAUGUAGAUCAAAGAAAGCUUCGCCGCCUCAUUCUCGAGUCCAAGCUCGCUCCCUGUUUCCCUGGCGAAGAGGAGUCUGCUACGGACCUCGAAGAAUGCCCAAUCUGCUUCCUGCAUUAUCCGAGUUUGAAUAGAUCCAAGUGUUGCACGAAAGGAAUAUGCACCGAGUGUUUCUUGCAGAUGAAGUCUCCGCAUACUGCCCGGCCAACACAGUGCCCGUUCUGUAAGACUCCCCAAUAUGCCGUUGAGUACCGAGGAGCCAAGACGCUGGAGGAAAAGGGCAUGGAGCAGGCGGAGGAGCAAAAGGUCAUAGAGGCAAAAAUUCGAAUGCGUCGACAGGAGCUUCUAGACGAUGAAGAGCGCGUGCAACGUAGGAAAGAAAACAUCCGUGCGGGUCGAACCAGACAGCCGACUCCUCGAGCUCAACCCGACACUGAUCACGAGAUUGCGAGUGCUUCAAUAGAUGAAAUUGAUUUUCUGAAUUGGUCGUCUGCCAGGGGUAAUUCUGAUCGUCGGCCACAGGUCCUUGGAACAUCUGCCCCCCUUGAGAGGAAUGGCUCACGACUACAUCACUAUUCCAUGUGGGAUGAAGAUUAUCAGAACGUACUGGGUUUUGAUGCAUAUGAACCACUUGAAGAACCAGCGGCACCAAUGUCAUCAGAUGCCAUGACUGUACUAAACCGCUAUCGAACUGGCUCGGCCCCAUCUGGUGCAACCAGAGCACUGCGUAGGGAUGAUGAGCUUGAUCUUGACCUCGAGGAAAUUAUGGUAAUGGAGGCAAUAUUAUGGCUUUCUAUUCAGGAGGAAUUUACUCGGCAGAGAUUUUCGGAUGGAGAAGCCACUCGAUCUGUGCCGAAUAUACCAACGGUAUUGGUAACAGAGAACAAUCUCGGCUCCGAGGCAGAUGUCUUUACUGUCAUUCUACCUCCUCCUGCCCCACCAGUACUCGAAUCAGAAUCUCUGGACCAGCAUUCUGGAAGACAAGGCACAUCGGCGGUGGGUCUAGCAGGUUCUAUUGCUGCGCUGGCAGAACAGCAGGCUGUUUCCCCUAACACAUCAACUUCUUCUCAGCCAGUGGCAUCGGGUGUUCUUCCACCUUUAUAUGCAGACAGCCAAGGAGUAGCUGAGAUCUCAAAUGCUAUUAAUGACCCCUCGGAAAAUACUGGAAAUGGAUCAGAUAGGCCAGCACGCUUCCAACGUUUUGAGGAGAUACCUCGUAGUGGGGGCGAAAGUGUUGUGCAGGAAAGGCCUGUAAUGUCUUUAACACCUGGCAGGGGGGAAGAUGAUGUGGAAAAUUCAAGGAAAGCAUCUGAAAAACUGGCUAACUGGGUGAGCUCAACGCAGAACAAGUACAGAGGCUCCUCAAUGAAUGGAUUGCUAGGUGAUCAAAGCUCGGAACAGGUUGAGGUGGGCACCAGCUUCUCGAGUAGCGUUCCUUCGGCCUCCGACUUACCCUGGGAAGUGUCGGACAUUCCGGAUUUUACUGGAAACGGAGAGAAUAGUGGUGGUACUAACAAUGACACGAUAUUGGUACCGGAGAGCUUUGAGGAGCAGAUGAUGUUGGCUAUGGCACUCUCCCUCGCAGAUGCUCAAGCCAGGGCCCGUCACGGAGGCAACCAUUCGGGUCCUCUCACUCAAGCUACCCACUUAGCUGAUAUGCAAGCAAGGAUUCGUCAAGGUAACAGCCAUUCUGGUCCUCUUCCUCGGCCUACCUUUAUUGGACAGUAGUAUUUAGGCUUCCUGUGGAUUCCUUAUGUGGAAUCUGAACCUAUAAAAGUCAGUAUGUUAGAGAUGAGCGCUGCAUUUAAGUUUCGACCAGACAUUUGAAUGCCUAGUUUAGUGGAUGCUAUGUUCAGAGUUCCAGGUUAUCCUAACUUGCAUCUGUUCAUCUUGCCUCCUGUAUUAUAGAUUCGGGACAGGGAAUGAUGGCUCAAUGAGAUCAUUGCUAGGAAUGGGUGAUUCACGACCCAGUGCUUGAUUUAUUGUACCAUCUCCCUUGCACUCAAAGAUUGCUUGGGCGAGAAGUAUUACCCUCCUUUAAGUAUCCAUUGGUAGUUACUAGAUCUGUAUAAUAUUUAUCACUCUGGUUCUUUAUCUCAUUCAUUGAUGUUUGUGAGCUUUGGUGAAUUCGAAGGACUUACAUACCA